AUGAGCUCGUCUUCAGGGACCACUUCCAUCAACACGCCCAGCCAUGGAACGGUAACGCUGCUCAUCCUCGGCGCCGGCUGGACAUAUCAAUUCCUCCAACCACUUCUGGACAGGGAAUCACGCAUUACAUACGCGGCAACCACGUCAACGGGCCAUGACAAUACCAUUGAAUUCAGAUUCGACCCAGAGUCCGAUGAUCUUGAGCCAUUCCAGAGGCUACCAUUGGCCGAGUAUGUGCUGGUUACGUUUCCGCUGAAAGGUAAAGGACCCAGCAAGAAGUUAGUAGACAUGUACGAGGCCACGCAUGCGCGAUCAUUGAGCCACGACGGAGACCGCGGUGCUAAGACAACGAGCGAGACGAAAUGGAUCCAACUAGGCAGCACGGGCGUCUACACCGCCGUCGACUGGGUGGAUUGCAACACGCCAAUUGACGGUUCGAACGAACGAGGGAUCGCGGAGGACGAACUCAUCGCGCUGAGCGGCUGCGUGUUGAACCUUGCGGGUCUCUAUGGCGCGCAGAGGCAACCUUCGAAUUGGAUCCCUCGAGUGGCGAAGACGCAAGAGCAGCUCAGCGAGAAAGGGGCACUACAUCUGAUCCAUGGCAUCGAUGUUGCCAGGGCAGUCGUCGCGGUGGUGAAGGAGGAUCAGCAAAGUAUCAGUGUGUCGGAGCCGGAUGUGCCGCCACUCUUUGGCAGAAGAUGGAUUCUGACCGAUUGCGUCAGCUACGACUGGUGGCAGAUCGUGUGGGACUUCAACGGCGAGUCUGAUGAAGCGGCCUCCUCAGAAGGGGGUGAUGCUGAAAAGGCGACAGAGGCGGACACGAAGAGCAAGUAUCGCGGCUGGGUCAUGGAGUUGAUGGACAAGAAAGGCGUGCGAGCUUUGCCGAGACCGCCCGAGAUGCUGGGCAGGAAGCUGGACGGGAGGGAGUUCUGGUCCAGACUUCAGCUGAGACCGGAAAGGGCGUUGAAGAGGUGA